AUGGCUACUCUUGAAACCUCAGCAAACAUCUCGCCUCUUACAGACAGUCAGCCAGCCUCGGCCGUCUUAGACAGAUUCGUUGCCCUCGAGCCCGACAAGUGCGCGUUGGUGUACUUACUUCUCCGAGCUUCCGGUGCGCGAUACGUUGUUGAAGCGGGAACUUCGUUCGGUGUAGGCACAAUAUGGCUUGCCCUUGCUGUGGGACAGAAUGCCGCGGCUCAGAAGGCUGAUGCCAAAGUCAUCGCGACUGAGAAUGAGCCGACCAAGGCCAAGAGAGCCCGGGAGCAUUGGAAGAGAGCAGGAAGUGAGGUUGAAAAGUGGAUUGAACUUCGAGAAGGGGAUUUACGAGAGACACUUAAAACACAUCUACCUCAAGAGAUUGAUUUUAUUCUUCUGGAUAUCUGGUCUGUUCUUGCCAUGCCCGCCCUGGCAGCUGUAAAGCCUCAUCUGAAGCCAGGCGCCUUGGUAGUGGCUGACAACAUUGUUUCCAGUAGUGCUGGUUACAAGGAUUUUAUCGCUCAUCUAUCAGAUCCAAGAAAUGGGUUUAAGAGCACGACAGCUCCAUAUCCGGGUGGACUUCACAUCGCGAUAUACAUUGGAAACUAG